AUGUGGCAUUCGCCAGCCUAGCUCGCCACUGGGGUGUGUCGCCUUUGUUCAGGGUCACUGACCUGAUGGUUAUGGGGCGCCUCACAAUGGCCCCGCAGCCACCUGCUGUUACUUUUGCAUCUGCAUUGGUUGAAUAAGCCAUGUCUGAUCUGCGGCGGAGUAUGGCAAGGGGGCCCGCACAUAGCAUGGUGCCCCUUCCAAGGCAGACGGGGUCUGCAAGAGCUCCUGCGAGAGCAGGCGGCGCUUUUGCUGUGGGGAACAAGGCCAAAGAAGGCACCCCAUUGCCAGAUGAGAGCUUCAGUCUGGAGCCGGGGGGGUUGAGUCCCCCAAAGGUUCUGGGGAUGACGAUGCGGCUCUCUGAGGAGGUCAAAUCCGCUCUCUUGACUGCUCAGAAGGAGGGCCUGUCCGUGCAGAUGAAGUUUGGCGCGAAUUCUCAGAAUCACAUUCUCAAGAUCGGGGAGCGCGAGUACUCGUUCACAUCCAAUGACGAGGAGCGCAAGGUGUACGAGGCGUAUGUCGAGCGGAGAGACGCAGAACAAGGUGCGGGCCGCCUGGUGGAGGUUGGGCCGAUAGUCAAGAAGCUGAACCUUCAGCGGAGCCUGACAGCGGCGGAGGCUAACAAACUGAAGCAGCGCUCGGCUGCGGCCGAGAAGCAAAUGAAGUCUCGCAAGGCCAUCGUCUUGGAACACAACAGUACCUUGGAUGCAAAACAAGCAGUGUCGACGGUGAAAAAAACCCUGACCACCGUGCGGAAGCCAAUGACGGAGAAGCCGAGCUCACUUUCACGAAAUGUGAAGAGUUUCGACACAGUCACCACCCCCUCCAGACAGCAGCAGCAAGCCCGUUCUCGCUCGCAAUCCCCUGUCACGGGCCCCACAACCACCCCCGCUCCCCUGGGCCCCAGUCGGCUCGCCGUCAGCUCUCCCCCGACUGAAGCCCCAGUCACUGGCCUGUCGCCCGUAGUCAGCACAGGGCCUUCGGAACAGCAGGUCAGUCGGGGGAGCGUUCCUCCGGAAGAGGGGGGUCAGGGAAAGGGGCCGACAGCACCCCCUGCUAAGAGCACGCCUAAGAGGGGGGCGACGAACCAGGAAGUGAAAGCGGCGAUAGUGGGGGUUUUGGCAGGGGCACCGGAGCAUACGAUGAAACCCAAGUCGCUUGAGAAAGCUGUUCAGGACGCGCUGCCGGACGAUGCAGCUUUCACGAGGCAACAGUUCGAUCGGUUGCUGCGAUCGGUCGCCACGUUCAAGUCCCCCGCGUUGUGGGUCCUCAGCCCCGAUGCACAGAAGGCCUUCAGCGAGGGCCGCAUCAUGAACUCGACAAGCCCAGAAACGGUCGCCUCCGACUCCCCUGCCCUCAAUAUAGAGUCCCCCCCGCUUCCGGCGGCCCCCCAGUCCGAAACCGAGGCUUCGGGACCAGUCAAAGUUGAGGCCAGGAUGGAGAGUUCCUCGAAAGAGGGGGCGGCAAAUGACGAAGGCGCAAAAGCGGGGGACUCGCGGGAGGCACGCGAUCUGAGAGAAGGGGGGGGUGAUGUAGUGGGUGCUAGCGGGGGGGGUGACGUAGAGAAGGAGGUUCUGGAUGCGAGUGUCAAGGAAAACAAGGGGCCAUCGAGGCCGGGGCAAGGAAAGCAGACGAAAGAGGGGGAGAACGAGAGCGAGACGAAAGCGGGGGAGAACGGGAGGGAGUCGAAAGAGGGGAAUGAUGCGGGGAAAGAGUCGUCGUCGAGUGGGAGCGACAGUGGCAGCGAGAGUGAGAGCGACAGUAGCAGCGGAAGCAGCGGUUCGUCGAGCAGCGAGGACGAAGCCGAAGAGGAGGGGGCUGAAAAGGGGGAGGUGCAGAGCUCCGAGGCGAAACGGGGGGAAGAAGCGUCGACGAAAGAGACUGGAGCAAAAGGUAAGGUGGAACUUGAGGCGGGGCAACGGCCAGAUACGGGGGGAAAGGAGCGAAGCGAUCGAGGGGGUGAGAAUGGAGCAAAGGCUGCGGUGACAGGUGGGCCUAAGACGAAAGUGGAUCGUAAAGAAGGGGAGACGGGGAUGGAGAAGAAAGCGCACAAUGGCAGCAAGGGGGCAGAGAGCAUACCAAGGGUGCGAAAUGAUGCUGUGUUCAAGCCUGCGGUUGAGGUGGAAAAGAUUGACGAUGACGACCGGAUAGAUGACGGAGCCGCACAGUCCGGAAGGGCGCCUAAAGCGGAGGCGCAGAAAGUCGGGGGUGAUUCCGGCCGGAAGAGAAAGGAAAGCGAUGCACCGGAAGGGGUUGCGAAGAAGCGGAUGACGGAAAAGGAGGGGUUGGUGUCCGAGAGCAGAGGUGACGAGAAGCCCAGAGCUGUCUCGAAAGAAAGCGGUGCUUCCAAGAAGGAGAACCAGAAACCGGGAGGGGGCCUAAGCAAGAAAGCAGUGGGAGACGGCGAGAAGAGGACUUCGGAGAAGAGCGGGUUGAAAGUGGGCUCGAAUGCAUCAAACGAUGGGGGCGAGAAGAAGAAGUCCAAGGCGUCGAUGGAGGCGGGCCGGAGUAAGGACGGGAGUGUGAAUGGGCGCGAGGGGGGUGAGAAUGCGCACGAGGGGGGUGUGAACGAGCGCAAGGCGUCGCAUGCGGCUGCGGGGCCGAGCCUCUCGGAUGACGUUCGGAACAGCAGUGCGCUGUUGAAAUACAAAGCAGCGCAGGACGUCAUUGCCGAGCGGAAGGCCAGCCGUAAGGCGAUCCCGAUCGAGUUGACGGACCAGACAGCGCUGGAUCGGCAAAAAGGGGUUAAGGAGGGGGUUAAGGAAGGAGUCAAGCGGCCGCCCAGCGGGCCAUCUCGGAGUGUUCCGAAGGUGGUCAAGGGGGUGGUCAAGGGUCAGCCUGGGAGCAAACCAGGGGGAGUGCCCGGCAGUAAGGGAAUGGAGAAGGGCAAGGGCUCGGAACCGCUUGCGAGGGUGCAGAUUGAAAAGCUGGACGAUGGGCGCGAAAGCGGCCCUCGAGCGGGGUCGCCAAAAAGCGGGGAGAAGAGGAGGCAUGGGGAGGAAGCAACGGAGGGCACGAAAAAGCCGAGGAAAGAUGGGGGUGCAGGGGCAAAGGAACCUGGUGGGGGAGCAAAGGAUGGUAAAAAGGGGUUGAGUGCGAGGAAGGACGACUUUGGCAACAGCCCCCUAGAAGAAGGGGAGUUGGCGCCUGCGCCAAAGAAAGCCAAGCUGUCACAAAACGGUGGUGUUGAGAGAGGGGGAAGAGCUGUUGGAAAAGAGGCCGCUUCAGAACCAGUGUCAAAGCCAGGUUCUGCAAAGGUGGUCAAGCGGACCCCAGAAAGUGGAGGGAAACCCAAGGCUGACGGAGGGGCCAAGCCGAAGCCAGACGGUGCGAAGGAAGGGGUUAAGUCGGGGCUUAACCAAGGGUCAAAACCCGCGCUGGUCAAGAAACCGCUGCAGAAAACGCCUGGUAAACCGGCAGAGGGGACGGCAGUAAAGGGGCCUAAGAAGGCGGGGGACGGUCGGGGGGGGGCUGCAAACGGCGUCACGAACAAGGCGCCUGGAGCGAAACCCGCACAAAACGGGGUGCGGAAGAAAAGCCCGAGCGCGCCCCCGAAGAAGUCGCAAUCUGCCGCUGCGAACGGCAAGGUUGUAAACGGGAAAGCGGGGGUGCAGAACGGGAUGAAGCGGCCCGAGGAGAAGAAGCGGGUUAACGGGUUCAGCGGGAUAAUCGAGGAGGAUUGGGUUAAGUACGCGGACGCGCAGCCGAUAACCGAGGACCGGUCAAUUGACUCCCGAGAAGAGUACUACGUUGCAUACGACGAAUUCUCGACCAAGUGGCCAGUCUAUGAGUACCUGAUCCAAGCCCUUGAGGAGCAACGGAUGCAAUUUUUGGCGUACGACGACAAGAUGGCGGCGGCGUGGAAGACGCACAACGAGCAGCAGCUGCGCGAGCUGGAGCUUCUGCUGCGAGUGGAGUACAACAAAGUGAAAAAGGUACACAAAAGAAUGCGCAGCGCGUUUUUGACGCUACACAAAGACCUAGCGGUUUUGAAACCCAUGAUAAAAGCAUACGCCUUGGAGCAUGGGCUGCAAAUCGGAGAGAAGACAUGACUAGCUUCUGAAUUAGACUGUACAAACGAACAGACCGUAAUGAUCUGUAGCUUAUGCCGUGCGUUUGCUUUGAACUCUGGCCAUGCAAUGUGUCACGAUCUAGACAACAUUGUAUGCUGGAUGAUCCGUCUUUCGGGGCUGUUUCGAACCUUGAUCAUUUGAAGUGAAGCCAUGCGGGAUGUUUGUCG